AAGAAAAUCAUGAGCACUGUAGAUCACAUCUAAAUGUGAGCAGUAAUGUGUGAUGGACCAGUGAUGCACCCUUUAAAAAGCACACAGCGUGGUAAAUAAAAACCUUACAGCAGUGGCAUCAUGGGUACUGCCUCAUCUCUGGUAAGCCCUGGGGAUGUGAUAGAGGAGGCAUAUGGAGCUGAGGGUGGAGAAGCAUGUGAGAUUCCCGUGGAAGUUAAGCUUAAGCCAAAAUUGCUACGUAGCUCGUUCCGGCGUGGCCCACGUGUCAUCGGCUCCAGCUUCAAAUCCACUGGCUCCAUGGAGCUGGAGUACGCUGCUGAGUAUGAGCGCCUCAGGAAAGACUAUGAAAUCUUUCGUGUUAGUAAGAACAAUGAGAUCACUGCCAUGCAGAAGAAAGAGGCCAAACUGGAUGAGGAGAACAAGAGACUGCGUGCUGAGCUCCAGGCUUUGCAGAAGACCUACCAGAAGAUUCUGAGGGAGAAGGAGAGUGCUUUGGAGGCAAAGUACCAGGCCAUGGAAAGAGCAGCCACCUUUGAACAUGACAGAGACAAAGUAAAACGACAGUUUAAGAUCUUCCGUGAGACCAAAGAAAAGGAGAUUCAGGAUUUGUUGCGGGCGAAGCGUGAUUUGGAGUCCAAAUUGCAGCAGCUACAAGCUCAGGGAAUCCAGCUGUAUGAGCCCGCUGACUCUGAUUCAGAUGACAACCACACAAGUGUUACUACUGCAGGGACUCAGUGUGAAUAUUGGAGUGGGGGCAUUCUGGGUAGUGAGCCCUCCAUGGGAAGUAUGAUGCAGCUUCAGCAGGCACACAGAGGCCCUGAGUUUGCCCAUAGCCUCAUUGAUGUAGAGGGUCCAUUUGCAAAUGUCAGCAGAGAUGAUUGGGAUGCGGCGGUUGCCAGUCUGUUGCAGGUCUCUCCUCAUGUUUCUCAGGCUUUGUGGAGUAACACAGUCCGCUGUUACCUCAUCUAUACCCAAGAAACCAAACCAGAAUUAAACAUUUUUAUACAGAAUUAUUUACCCAGUUUAAAGAGGUUUUGUGAGGGUUUGGGCCAUUUCUACCUGAAUGUGUGUUUCCCUGAGGAGAAAGCCACUCUGUACAGCCAUGAGCGCAAGACAGAGAUCAAGAGAAGCUCAGUGUGUGUCCUGCUGCUUAAAUCCUUAGUGUCCAGCUGCAUGGUGGAAGAUGUAGAGGAGGCUUUUGUGCGGAAUCCAGAUGCUCGUCCCCUACUAAUAUAUCUGAAGACAGAAGAAAAGAAAUCAGAGUGUGAGGGCACUUCCUGUCUCAGUUUGGGUGCUAGAGAUCUGCUAGAGAGAGUAAAUAAUGCAGACAAAGGUGCUAAGGUUAAGGUGGUGGACCAUGCAGGCUCUGCUGAGGAUGGAGCUCUGCUUAUUAAUGCUCAGCUAGAGAAGAUUAUAAAGCAGGAACUGUUGGGUUUGGAACCUGAUUACAGUAGCACACUGGAGGACAGAGAUGAUUUGGACUCUGGUGAUGUGUUGUGGGAUCUUCAUGAUGAGCAGGAGCAGAUCGAGGCUUACCAGCACAUAUGCAGCACUGCGGCAAAUCUUAGCUUGCAAAAGUACAUUGAUGGCCUGAAUGAUAUGGUUGCUGCUCCUCCUCCAACUCCUCCAUUGCUGGUAUCGGGAGGACCAGGCUCGGGCAAAUCACUCCUUCUUGCUAAAUGGAUGGAGCUACAGCAGAAGCACUCGCCCAACACGCUGAUCCUUUAUCAUUUUGUGGGUCGUCCUCUAUCCACCAGCGCAGAACCGGUCCUCAUCAUCAAACGUCUUACUGUUAAGCUCUUGCAGCAUUUCUGGUCUCUUUCUGGCCUGUCUAUGGAUCCCUGUAAGACACUGGAAGAAUUUCCACGCUGGCUUGAGAGACUGUCCUCACGCCAUCAUGGCAACAUUGUAAUAGUCAUCGAUUCCAUCGACCAAAUUCAAAAUGCUGAACGACACAUGAAGUGGCUUAUAGAUCCACUUCCUGCCAAUGUUAGAGUGCUAGUAUCUGUCAAUGUGGAGACAUGCCCACAGGCAUGGAGGCUGUGGCCCACGUUGCACCUGGACCCUCUCAACCAAAAAGAAGUGAAAAGUGUCAUCAAUACAGAGAGCACACUGACCAAACUUACUAAAGACCAGGAAAAAAAGUUGGAGAAACACUGUCGUUCUGCUUCAACUUGCAAUGCACUUUACGUUUCACUUCUGGCCAGACUUCUUACAUUCUCUAGAUCAACCUGGUCUUUGGAAAAAUUACUACACCAUGGUUCACUAUGCCAGGACACAGUGGCUCUGUAUAGACUCAGCCUUAAGGUUGUACUAGAUGCACUUAACACUGACAGAGAAAGGCACGUCAUGAAAGAAUUCUUGUGCCUGCUGUGUGCCAGUCAUAAUGGCAUUAGUGAAUCUGAACUCUUGGAGAUUUUCCCAGAGCUGAGUUUUCCGGCGCUCUCUUCUCUCCUCUGCAGACUGCAAAACCUCCUGAUUAUCUCCUUCAGCUGUGGCCUUGUCCGCUUUCAGCACCUGCAGGCAUGUGAGGCAGUAAUGCAGGAGUUCCUCAAUGGAGGGAGAUGUGCUUCAUACAGAGAGAACCUUAUUCAGUAUUUUAGCCAGCAACUUAGUAAGGACAGGGUGACAUGGCGUGUGGCAGAUGAGUUGCCCUGGUUGCUGCAGCAGAACGGAGAGAGAAGCAAACUUCAUCUUAUCUUGCUCAACCUGUUUGUCUCACAGAAUCUCUACAAAAGAGGUCAUUUCUCAGAGCUGCUAGCAUAUUGGCAGUUUGUUGGAAAGGACAAAGUGUCCAUGUCUGCAGAAUAUUUUGAUGCUCUGAAGGAAUUUGAGCAGAACUGCGAGAGUGAAGAAAGCAUGACCAGACUGGCCAACCUGUAUGAGACACUGGGUCGAUUCCUCAAGGACCUGGGCCUUCUCAGUCAGUCUGUGCCCCCCCUGCAGCGCUCUUUGGAGAUUCGCGAGACGGCUUUAGACCCAGAUCAUCCCAGUGUGGCCCAGUCACUGCACCAGCUGGCCGAAGUCUACGUCCACUGGAGAAAGUUUGGCAACGCCGAGCAGCUGUACAAGCAGGCGCUGGAGAUCAGUGAGAACGCCUACGGAGCCGAGCACUCGAGUGUGGCACGAGAACUUGACUCCCUCUCGCUUCUCUACCAGAAACAAAACAAGUAUGAGCAAGCUGAGAAACUGCACAAAAGGUCAGUCAAAAUCAGGCAGGAAAUGGCUCGGCAUAAAGGUCACAUGUAUGGUUUUACUCUACUGCGUCGACGAGCACUGCAGUUGGAAGAGCUGACUCUUGGUAAAGACUCAGCUGACUGUGCCAAGACACUCAAUGAACUCGGAGUUCUCUACUACCUUCAGAACAACCUAGAUGCAGCAAAAGUUUUCCUGACUCGUUCACUGGAGAUGCGGCAGCGUGUGUUGGGUGCUGAUCACCCUGACUGUGCUCAGUCUCUGAACAACCUGGCAGCCCUUCACUGCGAGAGGAAGGAUUAUGAGAGUGCUGAACAGCUGUAUGAGAAAGCGCUGGAAAUCCGCAAGCGAGCCCUCGCUCCGGAUCACCCAUCACUCGCCUACACCCUCAAACACCUAGCCAUGCUGUACAAACGCAGAGGGAAGCUGGAGAAGGCCGUGCCUCUGUAUGAGCUGGCUCUGGAAAUAAGAGAGAAGAGCUUUGGGCCCAAACACCCGAGUGUGGCUACAGCUCUGGUUAACCUCGCUGUACUUUACUGCCAGCUGAAAAAGCACAGUGAGGCUUUACCACUGUAUGAGCGGGCCCUAAAAGUGUAUGAGGACAGCCUCGGGCGACUGCAUCCUCGUGUUGGAGAGACUCUGAAAAACCUGGCUGUGCUCAGUUAUGAAGAAGGAGAUUUUGAGAAAGCUGCUGAGCUGUACAAACGAGCCAUGGAGAUCAGAGAGGCAGAGCCAUCGCUGGUGUGUGGUAAAGCUCCAUCACAUCACUCGUCCAGCGGGGACAACUUCAGCCUGCGUAGCCCUGUUCACCUACCUCACAAUCAUAGGUGACCCUGGUAAACUCUUUAUAAGUAUUAUUUAUGUUAUAGUAACCUUGGUACUGUACUUGGGAGAUAUGGUACUUUAUCUUUAGACAAAAUCUAUACUAUACUAUAUAAUAUUGUGAGUAGUUCAGUAGACUGUCCAUACAUGAAGUCACUUAGAAAAUGUAAUUUAGGAACCUCUGCAGCCACAUCGUGUUUCUACGUGAUUAUUUUUAUAUUUAUUGUAUCUGGAUCGAUUUAAACCGCAUGUAUUCACACAUGUAGUCAAACACUUCUCUGUUUAACCAAAUCCAGUUUCUUUAAAACAUAAUUGUCACACGAGCAGUCUCAGACCUGGGCAAGGCAUUGUUGCAUCUUCAAGACUUGGUGGUGGAGAGUUAUUGUAUUAGAAAAAUGUGCCACCAAGCUACCUCUAGUCCCUCAAAUCUUAGUACACCUGUACACCUAACUUGAACCACCAACUAGGACUAUUAGAUCUUUGCUGCUGUCCUGUCGAUUCCAGUGACUCCAGCUAAGGCGCAGCACUGUCUUUUUGCAAUGAUUUGCAUGAUUGCACAUUGUGAAUGAUCAUAUAAUAAAUGAUCAUUUGCAUUUAAUACAAAAUAUUUUAGAAUAAUUUGUGAUUAUUUUUAUUACUUUUUAGGUUAUGUACCUGUUACAUGUAGUAUAGUUUAUCUGCCUUUAAAACAUACAAUGCCCCAGUAUUAUAUAUGAUUAAUCCAACAGUGCCAUAAAUCAUAUGUCAUGAGAACUAGACCAUUAAACUCCUUUCAGAGCAACAAAUAAUACAGAUGUUGCAAUAGCAAAGUGUCUUCAAUUUUUACCUAAAAUAUAAUCCCAUCUGUGUGAUUUGUAUUCAGUGGUGAAUGCUGUAUAUGCAAUAUCCUACUGUGAAAUCAGUAAACAAAGAGAGAUUCUGUCUAUAUUUAUUUUAAUAGUAUAGAAAUAAGUGUAACAUGAUUGUAUUUGAAACUUUUACAUGCAAUUCCAGGCUGUGUAUGAAAAAUAAAA